UUGAGCGCAUCUUCUCCUAACAAUAUCACCAGUCUAUCCGGGCAUUGGUCAAUAGAGCUUCCAACCAGUAUUUCAAACCUCCAUCUCAAGAGCUAAAUUCAGCGAAACCAUGAACAGUUCCAAUGAAGGAUCGACCAAUGAUCAGGUUGGAGAGAGAAGUUACUGGAGAUGGAGCAAGCAAGAUUUCUUCCCAGAAGAAUCCUUCGAAAACUGGGGAACGUAUAGAUCAGCGUUGUCGCAGAUGUGUUUCCGGCUGAAGGAUAGGAUCAAAAGCAGGUCGGACGAUGCUGCCGAGCUCGAGGACCUCAGGAGACGGAGCGAGAACGACAUGAAACGUUGCCUGAACUGGUGGGAUCUCACGUGGGUUGGAUUGGGAGGUCACAUCGGAGCGGGCAUUUUCGUGCUCACCGGCCAAGAAGCCCAUAAACAUGCCGGACCAGCUAUUGUCCUGUCGUAUGUCGCAGCGGGCGCAUCUGCUAUGCUUUCGGUCUUCUGCUACACGGAGUUCGCAGUAGAAAUCCCGGUGGCAGGUGGGUCUUUUGCUUACUUGAGAGUGGAACUAGGAGACUUCGUUGCGUUCAUAGCGGCAGGGAACAUACUCCUGGAAGCCAUUGUUGGGACUGCAGCAGUUGCCCGGGCUUGGACUUCCUACUUCACAAACUUGCUGAACCGUCCCUCCAACUCCUUACGCAUACGUACGGGUCUUCGAGACGGGUACAAUCUCCUGGACCCGAUCGCCGUUGCUGUUCUGGUUAUAACCGCCACAAUUGCAAUGAUCAGCACGAGGCAGGCCUCGCGCAUCAACUGGAUAGCAUCUGCAAUCAACACCAUGGCGAUUCUUUUCGUCAUAAUUGCAGGAUUCAUUCAUGCAGACCCUUCUAAUUUAACACCUUUUAUGCCUUAUGGGGCUAAAGGGAUCUUCCAAGCAGCGGCUGUUGUCUAUUUCGGGUAUACCGGAUUCGAUAGUAUAUCUAACAUGGCCGAGGAAACAAAGAACCCCUCGAAAGAUAUACCAAUAGGACUGAUCGUAUCGAUGUCGAUCAUCACGUUGACAUACUGCUUGAUGGCUCUUGCGCUUAGCAUGCUGCAGAAGUACACUGAAUUAGACGAAAACGCAGCCUACUCCGUGGCUUUUCAAAGCGUGGGAAUGAGGUGGGCGAAGUAUGUGGUGGAUCUCGGAGCUCUGAAGGGCAUGACCACAGUUCUUCUCAUCGGGGCACUUGGCCAAGCACGGUACACCACUCAUAUCGCACGAGCCCACAUGAUCCCGCCGUGGUUUGCCCUCGUCCACCCGAAAACCGGAACUCCCAUCUACGCAACUCUCCUGAUUACCAUUGCGAGUGCUCUCAUCGCUUUCUUCUCGAGCCUGGACAUACUGGCAAGCUUGUUAUCAGUAAGCACGCUAUUCAUUUUCACGAUGAUGGCGAUGGCCGUCCUCGUGAGGAGGUACUAUGUACGAGACAAGACGCCUCGACAGAACCUGUCGAAGCUGGUUGCUUUCUUGCUGAUAAUUUUAGCAUCCUCUAUAGGAACUUCAGCUUACUGGGGAUUGAACCCAAAUGGUUGGAUUGGGUACUGCGCGACUAUACCGCUUUGGUUCUUGGGAACUUCAGGGAUUUACAAGUUCUUGCCACAGCAGAGAAAGCCGAAAGCUUGGGGAGUUCCGCUCGUCCCAUGGCUUCCAUCACUGUCUAUAGCAACAAAUGUGUUUCUAAUGGGGUCAUCGGGUUCUGCUGCUUUCCUGCGAUUUGCAAUAUGCACCAUAGUAAUGCUUAUGUACUAUCUUCUCUUUGGGCUCCAUGCAACCUAUGAUACGGCGCAUCAGUCACGGCAACCCGAGGCAAAACUUCAGCAGGCGGACGUUGAAGACGACGGCAAAAGGAACCCGCGGGAGGCAGGGGUUUCUUUCCCUUAAAGGUCACACACUUUGUCAAGCUCUAAAUAUCUAUCGGCCAUUUAGGCGCA